UGUUUUUGCGGUCACUAUGAAGGCGAAUGAAGGCGUCGUUAUCACCGGGCAGCAGGUGACGCUUGUUCCAUACGAGAUGGAGCAUGUGCCAAAGUAUCACAAUUGGAUGAAAGACCCAUGGCUACAAGAGAUGACAGCGUCUGAGCCGCUGUCUAUCGAGGAGGAAUUCGAGAUGCAGAAGUCGUGGAGAGAUGACGCCGAGAAGUGCACUUUUAUCGUGUUGGCGAGAGAUGAGAGCGAUGGCAAUUCUGGAACUUCGUACGUCGACGAGAACGCGAUUGACCGCAUGGCUGGGGACGUGAACUUGUUCUUCAAUGACUAUGACGACCCCCACGCGUGCGAGAUGGAGAUCAUGAUUGCAGAGGAGAAAUAUCGUCGGAAGGGUUUCGCGAUGGAGGCGGUGAAGCUUAUGAUGGCCUAUGGUAUGGAGGAUAUUGCUGCAAUGUCAUGGGCUGGUUGUGACUAAUGAUACUUGCGUUACGCAGCCACGUCGAAACUCAACGUGACCCGGUUCAUCUGCAAGAUCAUAGAGACGAAUCAUGCUUCAAUCCAGCUCUUCGAAAAGUACGAUAUGCUGAUGGUUUUGCUCACCACCAACGGCUAGUUUUAACUCGGUUGUGCGACUGCAGGCUGGGGUAUGAGAAGUACAACUACGUCGCUGCUUUCAACCAGGUUGAAAUGGAGUUGGUCACCAAGGACAAACGUGCGGAGCUAGUGGAUGCCGUCUUGAAAUCUGCUGACAUCCAUACACCACAAUAGCGAUGACCACCGAUACUUUCUCAAACGAAGAUACUACGUAGUAGUUCGCAGGCACAAUAGACUUGAUUUCGUCACGGCUAUCGGUAGUUAUCGAAACCAUUUGAUUUACAGCAUCAAUGCACUGAACUGAUGCCUUAU